AAAUACGAGAUUUUGACAACUGGAAUGAGCGAACCAAAAAUAUCUUAGUCGGAAACAUGCAAUUGAAGCGAUAUAAGAUGGGCGAGAGAAUCAUAGAUGAAGGAGUUUCCAAUUCAAACCUGAUAUACAUUAUGACGGGUCAUUGCAAGAUUACUAAGCGAAUUAUCGAUGAUCAGGCUGAAAAGCAAGCACGUAAACUUCCCACUCCGUUUCGGCCUCAUCGACAUCUCAAUGAUGACGAGCUUAGUAUCGAAUAUGAAGUUGAAAUUGGCAUUUUGUAUUUGACACGGUGUUUGUAUUCUCCUUUGACGUCGGUGCUUAGAUAUCGUGGAGCUUGCAUAGACCCAGAGUCAGUUCUUGAUCGAAAGCCAACGGGUUGCACAGCUACAGCUAUGUGCAACAUGGAUAUCGCUUUUGUUGAUGCAUCAACAAAUAUAUAUAACAAUGACCCGGUGAAUGUUUGCAUUUAAAUGAUUGGUUUCCUUCAUAGUAUAUAGAUCAUCGACCAAGACACUGCAAUCAACAUAAAAAAACGCGCUCUCUCAAUCCCAGAUCCAAGUAUUCUACAAAUCGAGUGGGAUGUCUAUUCUUAUAUCCUUGCGGAUUGAUAUUGAUCUAGAGAACGCAAUAAUCGGGCAUGGCUGCGAUACAGAGCCAAGUUAAACAAGCACAUUGC